AUCAGUUGAGCGCCGGAGGCCAGUCAUUGGUGAGUCGCAGCGAGCGCAUUAACGUCAGGAGAUCAGUGGCUCGCAGCUGGAACAGCAGGUUGAUUCACAAAGCGAAAGUGAGGCGGCAGAGGCACAGGCGACAGCACCGGACAGCUACAGCAGCGCAGUCAUGAAAGGAGAGCAUUUGUUCCCCAAGAUGAGAAACACCGCGUUCUACCAACACUUUUAUCUCCUGGGCGGAGAGGAGCUGCUUGUCCUGCAGAACUCUGUUGGAGACCCGUUGCUGGACGACGGACUCCACCACAUCACCGACUUCAACGAUCUGCCCACCUCCCUAUUUGCUUGCAAUGUGGACCAGUCUGUGUUUGAGGAGCAGGAGGGGAAGGAGAUGUUUGAGUCGCUCUUCCUUGCGUACGACGACCGUGUGACGUUCCAGCUCUUCAAGAGCUUCCGUCGCGUGCGGAUCAGCUUCAGCAACCCUAAGGCGGCCGCCACUGCCAGGAUAGAGCUCCACGAGACCCCUUUCAGAGGCAAGAAGCUGAAGCUUUACUUCGCCCAGGUACAGAACCCCGUUUCUGAUGGGGACAACCUGCUCUUGGCCCCCCCCAACCCAUCCAAGCAGUUCCUCAUCUCCCCGCCGGGCUCACCGCCAGUCGGGUGGCAGCAAAUCGACGACGCCACGCCCGUCAUUAACUACGACCUGCUGUACGCGGUGGCUAAGCUGGGGCCCGGAGAGAAGUAUGAGCUCCAUGCAGGAACUGAGUCCACACCCAGCGUAGUGGUCCACGUCUGUGACAGUGACGCCGAGGAUGAGGAGGAGCCGAAAAAUUGCCCCAAACCAAAAAUAGUCCAGACCCGGCGCCCUGACCUACCUGUGUCUCACUGAACUAACACGGGCCCCCACGCUCCACCACGCUCCACCACGCUCCACCACAGGCAGCGCUUCUUCAGAGGAACAGCGCCCCCCCAUCGGCUCAUCGCUCUCCUGGCCAGUCCCAGCUCCUCCGGAGCUCUUUCUCCGUUUUCCACCGUACAGCCGUUCAAGUCUGUUCACGCUUCCGUUUCCCAAAAGAAAACAAAAACAGAUCAUUUUGGCUUUGCUUUGUGUAGAGUGACUUCCCCUCCCCCCUCCUCUUACAGAUACGUUUGGGGGUGGGAGGGGGGUGUUCAAGCCUGCUUGAAGCCCACCCUUCAAUCAGUCCUGAGCCUUGUGCGUCUUGACACACUGCAUUCCAUUCCAGUACAGGAUGUGUAGAGUGUGUGUGUUCAUAAGGGUAUACCAGUCACUCAGGAGGCUGCACAGCGACUCUGCACUAUUAGGUGGGGGUGGGGAUGAGCUCGGCAUGGGUAAUCUCACAGUCCAAGAAUGAUUCUCCUAAAACCUGCUUCACACUGCUGAAAACCCACAGGAACCUUUUGGAUCUUAAUAACGCAUGCACUGUUAUUCUAGUUUGCAUAUUUACCCUGUUCUGUUUUUAGUGUGCAGCAGUCCAUUCCAAAAAAAAAAAAUUAUAAUAAAAAAAAUCCAAAAGAGUUUCUGUGACUUCAGCUUCCAGUGUUACUCACAGAAUAUAGUAACAAUUAUGAGUGGCGAGACGUGUAAGAUGUUAUGAUUCUGUGAUCGAUUUUUAUUUUUUAAUUCUUCAGUGUGAAUGUUCUGUGUACCAUCAUGUCACUUCUUAAAAAAAAGGAAAAAUCUGUACAGACUGUGCACCUCUUAAAGACAAGCAAACAACAGCCAACAAGAGAUCACAAAGCAAAGCUAGUGUUUUGUAAAAUGCAUGUUUAUAUGUUUAUAUGUAUAAUUGUGUUCACAAGACCCGUCUCUCACACGCAAACAUGCACACACACUAGGUUUCUGUGCAAUUUUACGUACCUCCGCUGAGCGCAAGAAACAUUUAAACUCCUUUUGCAUUUCAUGAACACAAAUGCAUGAUCCUCAAACAGCAAGAAAUAGUUGCAAAGAAAAUUCUAAAAGUGCUAUUAUACAGCUGCUUGCAGAACGAUUGAGAGAGUAACUCAUACAUCUUUUUACCUGUCUUGUGCGUCUAGUAUUUUUCUGUGAAACUGAUUGUAGGCAAUGCUUCGCUUUCACUUAACCCCUUUGAGCUCAUGCUAAGACGAUAAAUCAUUUGCUAUAUUGUCUAGAGAUGUUUUUUUUUGCCAAAUCAUAUGAUCUGACUUCUUCCACACAGAAUUUAUAUAUCAACACUGUGACUUGCCACAACUGUGACAUGAUAAUUUCACUACAUUUUAAAAUGGCUUUUAUCUCCAUUUUCAUGUUUUUUCUUUGUUCUUCAGGGUCAGAGGCUUAAUUGCCUUCAAUAAAGAUUCAAAGGGUUGCUGGUAUACUAAAAAAUACAUGUAAAAAAUACAGUUGUAUUACCAUUCCUCUUACGUUACCCCUUUCGUGAAACUUCGGGUGUAAUCGUAAUGGCAACAACUCCUUUGCUUAGCAUUUUUUUUCUCCUCUUGUGAAGCUCGCAAGCUUUAGUAGAAAUAACUUUUUUUUCAUAUGUUGCAUCAACCUUCCAUCCAAUACCUCCUGACUAGGGCAUGUAAUUCACCAGAAAUUAAGUGUUUCACUCAAGCGCAACAGGGUAUUUCUCCUCAGCUCAAGGAAAUAACUGCUCAGACACCACAGCUCCGUGCGUUCUUAUAAGCCAGGUCAUUCGCCAUGCUAAAGAUAUGGGUCGUUCUAGGGAAAUAAAUCAUUGAGUUUUUUGCAUCUUACUCCAAUGGGUUGUUUCCCCGUAACCCCUAUCUCCUUUAUUGGCUACAUCUCAGAAUGUUCAGACAAAGCAUGCUGUUGUGCAGCGUAAGAACAGCGUCAUGCCCGCCAUAUUUUGCUCUGACUUAUCAGCAUUUGACGCAAGUCUAUUUGCAAAUACACCAGAGGCGUUUGUAGAUGUUGAAUGAUAAUAGUUCUAUGUUCAUGGUCACGACAAAGGUAAAUUGGUCUCAACUUCGUCCUCCAGCUGUCUUAAAACCCUGUACUUUUACGACAUUUAUGUACAUUUACUUUUUCCGCAACCUUUUCUAUUUCUCUUUUUACUGUUUUGUUCUCCUUCCAGAAAAUAUGAUGUGAUUCUGUGUCCUGAAAGUCUAUUGAAACUGAAAGUAGAUCAAAUGACGUUACGUUAUACCUGUAUUGUGUGUCUGUGCGUACUGCCGGAUCAUCGAUGUACCUGUUAUGUCAACUUGUGUGAAUUGCCUGCCUACACCACGCGGAGACAUAUCUGUAUAUAUUAAUCAAUACUAUUUUUACUGCAUUUUUGUACAAAUAUUCAUGGUAGCCAUGUAUAAGUAGUUAAACUGAUUCUACUGUAGUAAUAAAAGAGUUUGGUUUUAAA